UUUCAGGGAUAGUUUAAAGCAGGAGAUGAAACUAUUAAAACAUGAAGUAGAACUACUUCCUAAAGAUAGAAGAAAGGACGCCCUUAGGAUUCGAAAAGACCAGCUUGAACGUGAACAAGUAGACAGAGAGCGAGGGUUUGUUCUAAAUGAAAGCCAUGAAAGUGCAAUGAAGAGACUAUCAGAUACACAUAAAGAAAGAAUAGCGCUUCUAGAUCGACAGUUCUUACAACAAAAACAACAGCUUAUGAGAGCAAGAGAGGCUGCUAUCUGGGAGUUAGAAGAGCGUCAGCUUCAUGAGCGUCAUCAGCUUGCAAAGCGUCAACUUAAGGAUUUAUUCUUCCUUCAACGUCAUCAGAUGCUGGUUCAUCAUGAGAAGGAGUUGGAUCAUCUCAAGAGGAUGAUGGAGAGGAGAGAGGAGGAGNAAAUGGAACUUCAGAACCUUGAGAAGAGAGCUUUACCUAAGCGUAUACGUGCAGAGAUGAAAGCAAGGGAGAUGAUGUACAGGGAGUCUCUGCGUAUAUCCGUGACGAACCUGCACGAGGCUAUCACUCCUACGGAGGAGAAGGAUAGGUUCAAGAAGUUUCAGGAGGCGGAGAAGAAGAGAUAUAGGGCAGAGCAACAGAGGUUUGAGAUGAAACAUAUGAAACAGCUUGAGGAAGCUAGAGCCGGCUCCCAGGCUGCUAUCAAGGAGCUUGAGCAGCUCCAGAAUGAGAAGAGGAAGAUGCUGAUGGAGCAUGAGACAACUAAGCUCAAGGAGCUGGAUGAGAGUUAUGCUAGAGAGCUGAAGGAGUGGAAGGCGGAGCUGAAGCCUAGAAAACAGAUUCUCGAGGAUGAAUUUCAAAACCAGCUUGAAGAGCAGGAGAGACAUUACGGACACUAUCUAACCUCGGCUCUACUGGCUGAAAGGAACAGAGUGAGGGAAAACGGAAGUGACAGUGUUCGAUCAAAAUCGCGAAUAUUUUCCGAUUCAUUCGUCUCUACUUCCGGAAGUGUGGAUCGAAGAUCCGGUAAAUCCGUGGACCGAAAAUCCUCUGGCUCAGACUACUCUGGCUCCGGAUCCCGAAAGUCGUCUUCGGACCGGAAAUUGUCCGCUUCCCGCCAUAGUCUGUUGUCACGUGGUUCCGACUUGUAAAAUGGCGGCCAUUCAAGAGUACAUUUUGUGAUCAGUUAAACUUUCCAUCCAUAUAAAGGUUCUAUCUGUAUAAUUUCUGUCGAAAAAUACGACAAUCAACGUUAUAAUUAGCUUUUUGAUAUACUUACAGUCAGAGAUUACUCAGAUAGGACAACAUCGUGAUUGCUUCAGUUCUUCAACUUAAAAUAAUUAUUACCUGUAAGCUUUCUGGUAUACUGCAGAGAUCGGUGUUAGACGACUUUCCUAUUUUGGUUUUGAUUUCCAACAAGCUCUUUUCAAAUUACAAGUGUGGAAGUAAUCAAAGAGAAGCUUUUAAUUGGCAGCUGAUCUUUGUUUCCAUGGUUAUGCUGUUUGAAAGAUUGAUAGAAAUAAAAAAUUGAAAUAUAAAGUCGUCUUCAUUGUAUUGAUGUAUACGACGAAAAGUGUACAACCUUACUAUUGAUGACAAGGUUAUCUAGUACAAAUGUGCAGAACUGACGAUUACCGUAUUUGUUUUUCUAUCAGAGUAAUUUGUGUCAACAAGAAUCGUAUGCAGGCUGUUCUUUGCAUUAGUAAUGACUUAAAAGCGGUGCAGUGCCUAAAAUUUGCAACAUGAGCAGAUUUCCAAUCCAAUGUAAAACGUCCAAUAUAUAUUUAAAAAAUGAUUGUGCAAAAUUUUAGUAAAAACUCAAUUCAAACUGAGGUUGUCUCGACCCAAAACUAUUUGAUUGUGAUUCAUGAUUACAAGAUAAAUUAUGCUAAGAUUAAUACUCGUUUACGCUGUAGACAACUGUUUACUUUUAUAUAAUCAAGUGUACUGUACUGAAGUGUACAUGUACUAUGUACAUAUUUCAUCCUAAGAUUUUGUAAGGGGUGUACAAACAAUAUAAUUUGUUACGUAGGAUAAAUAAAUGUAUUGAAUUUAA